UUUAAAAUUCAUCAUGAAUCUUCUAAGAAGAGGAUUGAGGCCAAAGAAGAGUUUCUUAACUCUUCUUUGCGUCACUAUGCUCCUGGCUUCAGCAAUGGCUAAAGCCACUGCUUUCACUAGAGUGCAGAGAAGUUUAGGAAGUAAAGGUUGAAACUCAAGACCAGAGGUCAGAGAACUAAAACCAGAAACUGGAGUAGAUCUCAAAAACUUGUUUGAAGAGCAUAAAAGUGACAUUGUUGUGACCGCUUGGUUCGAUCAUCUGAGAUACGAUCCUGAGGAGAACAAGCGCAACCUGAUCAUAAUCGGAAGUCUCCAGGAUAUGUUGAACAAAUGUCACUUAAAAGUGUCUAGUGGCUCUUUCUGCAAUGAAGUAAUUUAUACCGAAGCAGAUGUCUCAGGGUACAAUCCAAAUGCCAGAAGCUUUAGAGAAGCAGCCAAGAUUUGGAGAAUCGAUAUCGAUAACCUUAGGGAUGGACCCAUGAUCAUGAUUAUGAAGGGCCUCGAUGGACAGAUUCUGUGGUCUACUAGAGGAACUUCGGUUAUUGAGUUCUUGAAGAGAAUCGACAAAGAGCUUGUAUUAUUAGAACAACAAUAUGGUAUGAAGACAAGAGAUCAAUGUGAUAUUAGAAUUAACGAAGACGAGAUACCUAGAUUUGAAAAUGAAGAUCCAUGGGGAAAGCUGAGAGUAGCUCCUGGUGCUCCUGUAAAAGUGAUCAAGCCUCCUCCACCACCUGAAGAGACUCCAGCUCCACCACCACCUGAGCCAACGCCUCCUCCUCCAGAGCCAGAACCAGAACCAGCGCCUGAGCCCGAACCAGAGCCUGAACCUGAACCAGAGCCAACUCCUCCGCCACCCCCACCACCAGAGCCAACACCAGCUCCAGAGCCUGAGGAAGAGAAGCCAAGGUAUUCACUGAGUGAGCCCGAGAAGGCUUUUGGUAUGUAAAGAUAUUUGGCACAAGA